AUGGUCAAGCAACCUCCCAAGAUGACGAAGCUCGUCGUCUCGGCCAUCAAGAACCUACGCGAUGUCCAGGGGUCCACGACCAAGGACAUUCUCAAUUACGUCAUGAGGGAAUUUAAUUCCGAACCUUCGCUUGAACGUCGAUUACGAACAGCAUUAAAAAGAGGGAUCGACUAUGGAAUAUUAAUAAAAAAAGGUCCACACUAUUUAUUAAACACCGAUCCGGAAAUGACAACAGCGGAUCCAGGACCAAUGGAGCGAGGGGGCCGUAGACGGAAGCGAGGCGGAAAGAAAGGAAGACGUGGCGGCAAGAAAGGAAGACGUGGUCGCGGACGUAGACGUCGUGGAGGCAAACGUAAAGGCCGUGGAAAAUCACGUGGACGCAGGCGACGUAGGAGCCGCAGGAGGCGCGGAGGACGUGGAAAAAAAAUGAGGAAACGCGGUGGCGUUGAUGACAUGGACAUGCUCGCGAAAGAGCCGUUCGAGGCAACAGGACCCACAGCUAACAGAGCCGACCCCGACGCCGCUGUUGGAGCAACGACAUACGAGCGGCCUCGCAGUCGCAGCAGAUCGCGACAGAGCCGCAGCAGGAGUCGCACUCCCAGCCACAGCAGAUCUUCCGGCAGCAGCGAUCGUGAAGGCGCCGAUGGACGACGACAAGCCGACUGA